AAAAAACGUAAAGCAGAAGAAUCAAUUGAAGAAGAAGGCAGUCAAGAAGGUAUUCAAUCUCUAACUUUGUUUCAAACUUUGCAUAUAAGUGGAACAAAUCCAAAAACUGUAUUUAGUCGCACUGCACUUGAAGCUUAUCAUUCCAUUGGUGUUCGUCCUUUACCCGAUAAAAACCUUCAGACUUGUGAUCCCGAAGAAGUCUCUUACGUUUUUGUGGGUUCUAAAAUUGCUGGGUCAACAGAUUGUAUAUCAUUAAAAACUUUUGAUGGUAAAUAUCUUGCUUCCGAUAAGUUUGGUGCCAUUACUGCUGAGAGAGAGGCUAUCGGUCCACAAGAAGAAUGGAGACCAAUUAUUAGGAGUGAUGGGAUAGCAUUACAAAAUUAUUAUGACAAGUUUUUAAGUGUCGAUGAAAUUGCUGAUGGUGGAUAUAAAUUAAGAGCUGAUGUAGAAACAAUUGGUUUUUGUGAAACUUUGCACGUAAAAUGUCAAUCUAGGUUUCGUAAAAAGUCAAAGAGUACUAGGAAAGAGAGUGGUCGAAUAAAAACAACCAAAGAAGAUAUAUCAGAAUUAAAAAAGGCUAAGAAGGAAGGAAGCUUUUCUGAAGCGUAA